AUUUGGAACAGCCAUUGUCUGGUGACCCAUAGUUAUUUGUAUUCCUGAACUAGGGUUCAACAAAACAGUUUUAUUCCCUUUUAAAUUCACGAGUUGGCUCACCGAAGCCCUUUGAUCAUCCGUGUUAUUCAGUCAGAGGAAUAGACUAAGAAGAGGAAACAAAUAAAGAUCGUGUUUCAGCUGUGACAAAAUAGGUUUAUAGGGAUGCAUCAAGAAAGGUCAGUGUUAGGCUGCUUGCUUUUGUUGCAUCGUAUUUUAUUUGUUUUCGGUCGCGCAAUGCGUCCUGGCUGUCAAGUCACAAGUGUAGUACACCAAAAAAACCCUAAAACUCUAAAAACUCGAGUUCUUUCUGUGUGCCCUGAUGAAACAUUUCCAAAAUAUCGAAAGAAACUUUACUUUUACAAGGAAACGUACAGGCAACGAAGAGCGGAAUGAAAUACCUGAGGAGUGUCUCGAAGUGUCACUGUCUGAUUCUAACGAGUAGCACAGCGACAAGGGCUCAUUCAUCUGAGACCUGAUUAAUUAUUAAUACAUUUCCCAGAAACAUUUGCAUGUCUUUUACCAAGUAUGUUAGAGUUGUUGAAAAUUCCGCCAUUUUGAGUAUGCUACCAGCGAAAGUCCGCUGUAUAAUCAAUUGAUAGCGAUAGCUACCUGUACACAGUCUUGAUCGGAGACGUUUAUAGCGGAGGUUUCAAGGUAAGAAUAGUUUGUGGUUGUUAUAUCGCAAAUUUUGUUCACAAACGCGGUCGUUUUUCUUAGCCUACGCCAGAUCAAAAGAUUUGUGGUAACACGCAUGAUCAGUCUCUUAACAGCACUGAUAUCGAAAUUAAAUGAUACUUAACAAAUAGAGAAGCCUUGCCUACACUCUGUUCUGUUGUAAAGCACGCAACGAAGAGGAUAGAGCGCGAAAGAUGUGUAGGAAGAAACACAAUCGUGUUUCUCCCCACUUCUUGAGUCGAAUUUGGCCGAGACGGACAAAUCUUCAGAUGCAUUUCCAAUUUGGCUAUAUUUUUCAUAUCAUUCUUGUGUUGUUCUGCAUUUUUUUUGAACAUGAAACUAUGUAUGCUAUACGAGUGUUAGCUGAGUUUGAUUUUUAUUACCGUACAUCACCUUGCAAUCUAACUGAGCUUGAAAACCUUUAAUAUUCGGACUGUCCAUUUCGUUUUGUCUCUGGAUUUUCGUCUCUGCUUACUUUAUAGUAACGUAAAUUACGGCGCUUAGCAUGUUUACAAACCUUUGUUUGGUUAUUCUGUUGCUACUUGCCGGCGUACUUGUUCCGAAAUUUUUCUUUCAAUUAACGAAAAAAAAACUAGAGAGAAGUCCCGGAAAAGGACGAACAUAGUACAAUUUAACAAAUUGCUUGACAGCUUUCCCUUGAUUUUGAAAUUGUUUCUUUGGAUUUUCGUUGGUCAACUCGAUUGCGAAUAAGUUAAACCACAAGUUGCGAUUGUUAAAGCGAAGAUAUUGAAGUUUGGGUCACGUUUAUUCGUCGAUUGAUUUUAUGCGUAAAAGAGAAAGAAAAUGAAUAAUAAUAAAAAAAACAAUUGUGAAGAUAUGCAUUACUGAGAUUUCUCGCAGAAGAGCGCAUUUGGAACAGCUAUCGUCUGGUGACCCAUAGUUAUUUGUAUUCCUUAACUAGGGUUCAACAAAACACAUUUGUUAUUCCCUUUUAAAUUAAAUGCGUGGUAUUUUAUUUGUUUUCGGUUCGUGAUCCAACGACACUAUGAGUCCAAUCCCAAGUGUUAUCUAUCUUCUUGCAUCGUACGCACUAUCUUUAUUUUCGUUCGCACGGCCUCUAGUCACCAUUUAGAAAAAUAUUAUACCUAAUGACCAACCGCUGUGUGCGGAGACUCAAAUCGAAUCGCCCCUCUGAGGAACUCAAAAUGUCUUAAACAAGGACUGAGGUGCAUGGUUUUAUCUUUUCGAAGCUGAUCCGCAAAUUUUUUUGACAACCGUGCUAUGUUAAAGCAGAGGUUUAAGUUCCUUUAUUCCCUCACCAAAACUACAUAUAUGUUAUGUGUGUGCGACACUUGUGUAGCUGUUAUAUCUUUCUAUGAUAAAUGUUGCAUUUAUGUGACAUUAGUGUCACAUGAUUGCACAUACAUGUGACAUAUACAGUAUAUGUUGGAUAUGUUAUUAUGUAAGGACUGUAUGUGACCAAUAUUUAGUUUUGGUAAGGGUUCACAGCCAGCUGGUUGCAAUUUCACAUUCUCUUCACAUAGUAUGUAUUUUCAGUUUUCUAUAUAUUGCAAGGUGCAUAUGCAUAUGAUUUAGGGUCAAUAUCUUCAAAAUUUUCUCUUCAAAAGUAAAUAAAUGCUACUUAUAUACAGAAAUGAAUUGAUGCCUGAAGUUGUAUUAAACUUUGAUUAAAUGGACAGUAUGAUAUUCUGGAGGCUUUGACCUAGCAAAAAGAUUGUAAAUUCAAUUACAUGUUAAUACUUUGCCUAAGGUCAUUCCUUAGUAUUGCACAUUUUCACUGUGUAUAAUUUUACAUUUAACUAUGGUGCAUACUUCUUAAGAAUGGUGGCCAAUUAUUUUGUCCUGGCAAAAAGAUUGUAAAUUCAGUUACAUGUUAAUACUUUGCUUAGGGUCAUUCUUUAGUACUGCACAUUUUCACUGUGUAUAAUUUCACAUGUAACCAUGGUGUAUGCUUCAUAAGAAUGGUGCCUUUUUUUUCCAUGGGAGCUCACCAUAGAAGUAAAUUUUCAUUUUCUCGCGAAUGAGUUUGGGAACCUACAGUGUACCAUUUUUCUCCUUCCUGAAAUUGGGAACUCAUUUUCUUUCUGUCAAACAACUAUAAACCAAUUCUUAGUGUAGGAAAAGGAAAGAAUUUGAGAAAUGCCAUUUUAGCAAAUUCUCACAAAUAUAACUGUCACGAUAUGAAUUGGAAUGAUAUGGAUAUCCAGAAGGUCCUGCUGCUCAUAAAAGAGCAUGGAACCUCCCUUUUUUGCUUCAAAUUGUACUUUCCCUUAAGAUCAGCAACCUUGAGAGAAACUUUUAGCAGGGACCGCGAGAUUAAAGAACCCUUUUGGGAAGCCUUUGUAGAGGCAUCAGACUUUGAAAAUACACUAAGCAAGGAGAAAAUCUGUAAAUUAAAAAAAAACCUUAGCAAAUAUCGUAUUAAAACUUUGAUCCCCAAAGAAAAUACCUUCACGAUGUUAUACUUACAAGUUGCUUAAACUUCACCGGGGAAGACUAUUAUCCUGCACUGAUCAUGAUAUGAUGUGACAUGUUUACAAUUAUAUCAUUAUUGACAGUAAGGGUCGGUAGCAUUUUACAUGGAUUCUGCACAGCCUGUACCAUAUCAGAUGUCUGUCAGUAUAUCACAGAAAUGACUAUAAAUAUUAUUUCUAUGAAAUACAUACCUCAAUAUCAACGUCCCUAGGUAAUAUAUUUUCUGUAAAAAGAAAAAAAUUAUUAAGGCUGCAAAUAUUAUUUUUCGCUUUAAAAGGCCAUAUGCCAGACUGCAUCACCAUUUUGAUGAUGUUUUUUCUAACAAAACAAAAAUGUGGUUUACUGUAACAGGUCAAGUCUCCCUUUGCUAUUUUUCGCCCUAUCAUUAGACAUUUCUCAUUGAAAUAUCAAUAAUUUUGCAUAAAGGGAAGGAAAGUGAAGAAAUAGAAAACAAUUGAGAAGAUAUGCAUCAUUGAGAUUUGUCGCAGAAGAGCAUAUUUAGAACAGCUAUUGUCUGGUGACCCAUAGUUGUUUAUAUUCCUGAACUAGGGUUUAACAUAAAACAGUUUUCUUCACGAGUUGGCUCACCAAAGCCCUUUCAUCAUCAAUGUUAUUCAGUCAGAGGACUAGACUGAGUGGAGGAAACAAAUAAAGUAUGUGUGUUUCAGCCGUGACAAAAUAGGUUAAUAGGGAUGCAUCAAGAAAGGUCAGUGUUAGGCUGUAUACCUUUGUUGCAUCGUAUUUCAUUUUUCGGUCGCGCAAUGUGUCCUGGCUGUCAAGUCACUAGUCAGUAGUACACACGAAAGAAACUCUACUUUUACAAGGAAACGUACAGACAAUGAAGUGCGGAAUGAAAUAGGAGUGUUAUUGUCUGAUUCCAACGAUUGGCUUAGCGACAAGUGCUCAUUAAACUGAAACCUGAUUUAUUAUUUCCGGUUAUACAAUUCCCAGAAACAUUUGCAUGUCUUUUACCAAGUAAGUUGAAGUUGUUGAAAAUUCCGCCAUUAUGAAAAUGCUACCAGCGAAAGUCACUGUAUAAUCAACUGAUAGCGAUAGCCACAUGUACACAGUCUUGAUCGGAUUGCUAUAGUGUAAAUUUUGUUCACAAACGCGAUCGUUCUUCUCAGACUACGCUAGAUCAAAAGAUUUGUAGUAACACGCAUGAUCAGUCCCUUGACAGUGCUGAUACUGAAAUUGAUUGAUACUUAACAAAUAGAGAAGCCUUGGCUACACUUUGUUCUUUUGUAAAGCGCGCAGGAAGAGGCUAGAGUACGAAAGAAGUGAGGGAGGAACACGAUCGUGUUUCUUCCCACACUUCUAAAGUCGAAUUUGGCCGAAGCGAACAAAUCUUCAGACGCACCGCCAACAAAAUUUGUCCUGAGUAAAAAUUAUGCAAAAUCGACUUAAUAAACAAAACCGUGAUAAACUUGUCAAUCGUUUGUCUUACAAGCCACGACAAACGUGUAAUGGAACUGUAAUCAGUUUACUAAAUCCUGGAAAUUGGAAGUGGAAUCCUUCGGCAACUAUGCUGGCCGGUCCUAUGAACAGAUCAGACGCUGACGGAAUUUGUCGGCUUUGAAAUUUUUAAUGCGGUUGUAACAGACGAAACAAAGAUUUGUUGUGACAAAGUUUGUCGUUUGAUUUUGUCGCAACAAUUUUAGUUUUGUCCGCUAGUGAGGAAAGGCCCUACGACUAAAGCUGUCAUAAAUGUCAAACCAUCAAAGUUCACAAUAAUCUGCAAUAGUUUACGAACUGAAAUAGUAUGGCAGGUCGAAUUUAACUGUGUUUGAAUUUUGUUACCGUACGUAAGCUUGCUCUUAAAAACCGCUGAGUGAGGAAACCUUAAAAACUCGGACUGUCCAUUUCAUUUUCUUCUUGUGAUAUUCGUCUCUGCUCACUUUAUACUAACGUAAACUACGGCGCUUGGCUUGUUUACAAAUCCUAAUUUGGUUCUUCUGUUGUUACUUGCCGACUCGCUUGUUCCGAAAUUUCACUUUCCAUUAGCGAAAAGAGGCUAGGGAGAAGUCCCAGAAAAGGUCGGACAUAUAACAAUUUGGCAGAUGGCGUGACGGCUUUAGCUCAGCAAUGAGAGCGCACAUUAUAUCCGAACUUUAUUGUAAUAAAAUUUGACUCGUACGUAAUAUAAGCGCACAAUUUUCAUCAUGCAUACCGGUAUUGUUUUCAUCCAAAUAAUCGAGUUCCGCUUGAUUCGAUCUAUAGCUGGGAGAUGUUCAGCCUCAGAGAUAAACUGUGACUUAUUAUCAUACUCUUCUGCUCCUUACUUUGAUUGUGAAUUUGUUUCUUUGGAUUUUCGUUGCUCAACUCUAUUGCGAAUAACUUAAGCCGCAAGUUAUAUAUAUAUAUAUAUAAAUAUAUAUAUAUAUAUAUAAAUAUAUGUGAUAGAUAUUUCAUUUAUGUGACAUAUAUGUAAAUAUUGUGACAUGAUUGUACAUACAUGUGACAUAUAUGUGACAUGUGACAUACAGUAUACGUUGGAUAUGUAAUUAUCUAAGGAAUAUAUGCAACAUAUAUGUAGUAUUGAUAAGGGUUGACAGCCAGCUGGUUACAACUGGACAUUCUGUUCACAUAAUGUGUAUUUUCAGUUUUCUAUGUAUUGCAAGGUGCAUAUGCAUAUGUUUUAGGGUCAAUAUCUUAAAAAUUCUCUUUCCAGAAUUAAAUGAAUGAUACUUAUAUACAGCAACGAAUUAAUGCCUACAGUUGUAUUAAACCUUGAUAAAAUGGGCGGUAUGAUAUUCUGGAGGCUAAUUAUUGUGUCCAGGCAAAAAGAUUGUAAAUUUAAUUACAUGUUAAUACUUUGCUCAGGGUCAUUCCUUAGUGUUGCAUUGCACAUCCUCACUGUGUAUAAUUUCACAUAUAACCAUGUUGCAUGCUUCCAAAAAUGGUGCCUUUUUUCUCCAUCGGAGCUCACCAGAGAGGUAAAUUGUCAUUUUCUCGCAAAUGAGCUUGGAUAACUAACAUUUUUCUCUUUCUUGGAACUGGGAAAUUAUUUUCUUUCUGUCAAACAACUAUAAACCAAUUCUUGGUAUAGGGAAAGGUAAAAAUUUCAGAAAUGCUAAUCUACAAAUUCGCACAAAUGCAAUUGUCAUGAUAUCAUAGGAAUGAUAUGGAUAUCUAGAAGGUACUGCAGCUCAUAAAAGAGCAUGGGACCUCCCUUUUUUCAUUUCAAAUUUUACUUUCACUUAAGAUCUACAGCCAACAUGUACAGUUUGACAACAAUCUCAGUGUGUGUUCUACGGAAGGGCUUUGAGUGUUCAAUGUAUUUUAUCAAUUGCUCUGUAUUUUUUUCUUUCACAGAAGUGGAUUGCCAUUGUUAUAAGUUAGAAUGGCAGCAAGCACUUUCAGGAACAGUCGAGGUAAUCCACCAAAGAUCAAUAUUAAUCUUCCAAAGAUAAGUGAGUGUUGCGCGUUAUUUAAAAAUAGGAGCCAAGUUCCUAGUGAAGAAGAUUUAGAGUGGCUUUCGCACCGACUCGAAAAAUGGAAGACAUUCGGGCGUCUUCUCAAAAUUGGGGAAGCAAGAUUAAUGGUGUUUGACCAUAAAAAUGUGGAAUACUCCGAAAAAAUUUACAAAAUGUUAUUACAUUGGAAAGAGAGGAAUGGCACAGCUGCAACAUACACGGUCCUACAUGAUGCACUGUCACCCAUUGGUUAAUCGCACAGAUUUAGCUGAGCAACUUGGGGCAUAUUCGAAUUUGCCCCAAUUUAUCACUGGUAAUAUAUCACUAAUCUUGCAAUUCAAUAAUCUUGCACCCUCAACCCCAUCUUCCCGCCCCCUGCCUUUGUAAAAUAAGAAUGCGUGGAUCCAGCAAAAUGGCAUGAAUAGUUGCGAUACGUACUACUCGCUAUCCCCUCAUCUUGAUGCUUUUCUGUGAUAUCUUUAUGUUUUUAGUCAAGCAAGGAGUUCCCAGUGACGAAGAAUUAGAGUGGCUUUCGCACCAACUCGAAAAUUGGGAGGAACUCGGGCGUCGUCUCAAAAUUGAGGAAGCAACAUUAACGGCGUUUGACGAUGACUAUGGGAGAAAGCGUAAAAAAAUCUACAAAAUGUUACGACAUUGGAAAGAGAAGGAUGGCUCAGCUGCAACAUACACGGUCUUACAUGAUGCACUGUGCCAUCAGUUUGUCAAUCGUGCAGAUUUAGCUGAGAAACUUUGCCGCCAACAGCAUGAGUGAACUUUUAUUUUAUUGACUCACAGACAGCUUUUUACUGAUUAUUCCACUGUCAAAUGAACAAGUAUCCCUUGUAUGGCCACACUAUUACCAUGUGAAGUACUAAAUCAGUUAUCUUCCUUUUCCUCCUGGGAUCGUUUUUCUGUCUCUUACACACAUGUAUCUUUCUAUUCUUUUAAUGAAAAACGUCAAGUGUUAAAGUGUAUUGCUAGUUACGACCCACCCAUAACUUUUCGUGCAACUCUAUGGACUACUUAACGUCACUUGGUACAAAAUCACCGGAUAGUUUUGACGCAAUAACCACCAUUUACGUCGAUAUUUGUACCGUGAUCAUUUCCGUCGAAAAGAAACCAAGACAGCAGAAAAAAAGCCAGCUCUAGAGUUUCACUUUUUUAUCUUUCUUAUUGUAUAUGUGAGAAAAACGAAGUUAUUUUGAAGAGUUCACUUGUAGUGAUAUUAAAAAGCUCAUUGCAAAUGCUAAUCCGGAAAAUUGAAAAAAAUCAACAAAAUUUUUGUUAAGGCGCGAUACGGAAAUUAAUGGGAGGGUUAUGAAUUGAAUAAACCCACUUUUGGCAUGUUGGUAUUUCGAGGGAUAAAUUCCCUGGCUGACAUAUUGUCUUGAAAAUUUUACAAUUUAUCCUCGAAGCUUCGCUUAUCGGCCAAAAAUUGCUCAGUCGCGGACAUGAACAGCCGACAUACUAGCCGUAUAAAGACGUUUAUGUACUAAACAUUCGGUGAGUUGCUCUAUCAAUACCAUUUCAGUAUUGCCGAAGGCAUUCGGCAUGUUACGCAUUUGCAUCACCACUGAUGUCUAUACGUAAUGCACAGGUAUUCUUCCUUUAAUUGUUAGUUUUGACGCAACUCUGAAUUAGGAAUUUCAGGCGCUUUUUUCUAGGAGGUUUGAUGAAACCAAAAUUCAGCGCGUAAACUCACGAGGAAAACACUCAGUAAAUAGCUAGGCAACGAAAAAACGUGGUUCCCUUAAACUCUUUUAGGCUUCGACAAAAGGCAAAGUUCUUGAAACAGUCAGCUUGCCUGAUAAUGAUAUACAUUUGAUAUUGGAAGUUCAUCUUUGAUUAAUUACCUACGAUAAUUUACGUUGUAGAAUAUAUGUCAACGAAACGUUUCCGUAAUAAUAAACGAACGGUUAGACAUAACUAACAGCCUAUAGAAUGAUUCUAUAGCAUGGAAAAAAUGUUUGGUAAAAACAAACGGUAGAGGUUUAUGAUUUCAUCAGGGCUUCCUUACUGCUUUUAGCUGGAAGAAAACAAAAUGUCGAUUUGCCAUUAUUUCUUUUGUGUGUG